UUCAAAGCGCCGCCUGCUUGAUUCAGUCUGGGUUUGUGCGAGUGUAGUAGCAUUGAAGCUAAAGAGAUAAAUAAUUUUUGUAAUCUUGUUAAAGUAUAUUAAAAUCGAUUUAAUUUAAAAUAAAACUUGGUGUACCGAGUUCUUUGGCAGGUUUUUUGAUCAAAACAACCGGAAAAAUCAUCUAAAAUGGCUUCUUUCCUCACGUUCGCAGUGGCUUUAAUUUUGGCUGUAAAUGCUGCCAAUGGAUUGAAAUGCUACUCCUGCAACAGCAAAGACAGCACCGCCUGCGGUUGGGGAUUGGCUUCCUUCACCUACAGCACUGAAGAAUGUCAAAGUGCCGGAUUUUUGAACGCCUUGGUAGGGCCUAAAUGUUACAAGAUCGAAGCUAAAGAUGACCAAGGUAACUCAUACAUCGCCAGAGGAUGCCAGAAUCCACCAGCAUUCGGUUGCGAAGCCAUAGCCAAGACUGCAGGCUGGCUUUCCGGAGAAACUUACCAGAGUUCUUGCAGCACUUGUGAAACAGAUAAGUGCAACUCUGCCACCAAACUCACCGGAUUCACUGUCUUCGGUCUUUUGCUUGCCACCCUGGCAUUCCUGUUCUAAAACAUCCGCAAAAACGCUUUAAUUUUGCUUUUCUACCCAUUUUCUUCAAGUUAUUUAUUAUGAUAGUCUAUUAUUAAGUGUGUAGUUUGUAUAGACAAAAGCUUUUUUCUAAAUUCUUUGUCUUUAAUUGUGAUUAUUUCUGUCGGUGUUUAUAGAAAUGGACCACAUCGGAAACAAUCUAAAGUGGGCCAUACAUGUUUGAAAUUUUCGAUUUACCUAGCCACAGAAGGCAUUUUCCUGGAAGCAUGUUACAACGUGUAUGGCCCACUUUAAAAAAAUAUUCUUUGUACAUUUUGUUUAAAACAUUAAUAAUAAUUGAGCAUAAAGUGGGUCACACACGUUCAAUUUACUUGACAAUAGUUUCUCAUAGUCAAAAAGUUAUUUAUGAUAGUGUAUGUUAAAUGUAUAUAAUAUAUAGAUCGUCAAAUAUAGGGUAUUUGGCACUUUUUUUGUGAUAAUUGAUAAUGUUCCAAGGCAAUAGUAGGAGAUCUUGUAUCUCAUAAGAGUCUAUUUAGACAACUGUUAAGUCUGUGUAGGAUAUUAUAGCACUUGCUAAGUCUGUGUACGGCAUGAUAGCACCUGCUUAACUUAAAAAAUACUUUAUUUUUUCACCUAAAUAUCAAAACAAAAAUAAACAAAGGCAUUUCUCACAGUUUGCAACAAGUAUCCUAUAUUUGAUGAGCUAUAAUUUAUUAAUUUUUCUACUUUUUUUUCUUGUAUGUAUAGUAUUAAGUUUUUAAUAAAAUACCAUAGCAAAAAAAAUAUGCAUACGUGUUCGAAAUCCUUCUUAUAUUGUUUCAAAUUUGAUAAGAGUAAAUUUUACAGCAUUUCAAUACAUUUGUUAAUUUUUAAUUUGUUUUAAGCAUGAUUAUAGCCUGUAUGUCUCAAUUUUAUAAUACCAAUUUUUGUAUACUAUCUAUAAAACAUUUACUAAAGUCUAAUAUUUCCUAAUAAAACUAUUAGAGUGGGUCACACACGUUAAAUGUUUACUGGACAAAAGUGUCUGAAUGACUCGGUUAUAGAUUUUCUAACGUGCAUGUCCCACUUUAAAAUCAUAUUUUUGAAUAACUUUCUUUGAAAUAUUAUAAAA